AUGGUUUGGUCGAAAAAGACAUCUUACUGCAUUCUUUCUUUUGGCUUAUUAUUAUUCGCCGCAUUUAUAGGAAUCCUUGCUUUCUUCUCGAUUUAUUACAGAAAAGCUUUGGAUUAUGAAACAACUCUGGUAAAUAAUACCAUUCUUUAUAACAUUUGGAAAGAUUUACCCUUACCUAUUUACGAAAAGAUAUAUUUCUUCAAUGUAACAAAUGCAGAAAAUUUUAUAAACAAUAACGAAAUUUUGAAGGUGCAAGAAGUUGGUCCUUACACUUAUAAAGGCAGCUGGGUUAAAGAAGAUAUUUCUUGGCUUAAUGGUACAGUGUCUUACAGAGAGAAAAAAACAUAUCAUUUCGAUAAAGAAAAUUCUGUAGGUAGCGAAGAUGAUGCCAUUUAUACACUCAAUGGUCCCCUCGUAAUUGCGUCUGCUCUUUUAAAGGACAAGAGCUUUAUAGAAAAACAGAUUGCCGAUGCAUUUUUUAAAGGAAAUAAAGAAACACUCAUCAUUAAAAAGUCUGUAGCAGAGCUUGCUUUUAAAGGUUACAAAGAUAGUAUCAUUAAAUAUGGUGCAUACAUAAAAAGCGAUAUUCCAUAUAAGAAUGGUAUAUUUUCUUGGCUGUACGGGAAAAACGCUACAGAUGAGGGAUUGUUUACUGUUUUUACGGGAGAGACAGACCACAAGAAGAUGAAUUUUAUCAAAGAGUGGAAUGGUUCCGAGAAAUUGAAGUUCUGGAAAGAUGAUACUUGUAAUAUGAUGAAUGGCACUAAUGCGGAGGUUGGACCAGCAUUGAUGAAAAAUCAGAAGAAUUACACAUUUUUUCAACCUCUCAUAUGCAGAUCAUUGACGUUUAACUACAGUAGGGACUUAAAUCACAACAAUAUAUUUUGCAGAAGGUUCGAGAGCAGUACAGAAACUCUUGCUUCUUCCUCUAUAAAUUCCGAUAACUGGUGCUUCGAAACUGACCUCGAUUUAAAAUCAGGGACCCAAGAUCUCAGUCCCUGCCAGUUUGGUGCUCCAGUUGUGUUGACGUUUCCACAUUUCUAUUUAUCUGAUCCCUCCUACCUUCAAAACGUGUCAGGCUUGAAUCCUUCGAAAAACAAACAUGGUUCUCAUAUAGACAUUGCACCUACUAUUGGCGUGUCCGUGGAUCUGAAACUUCGUUUUCAAAUGAAUCUGAAAAUUGCGCAAGUUCGCUACCUUAGUGAGUUCGAGAAAAUAAAUCCUGGACUUUAUCCCGUUUUUUGGAUCGAAAUGUCCGCAAAACUAACUCAAGAACUGGCUGAUACUAUAAUCAAGGACAUCAUGAAGCCAAAGGAAGUGAUAUAUUCUAUAUUAGGUAUUAUUCUAACGAUUGCUCUGGUUCUCAUUACGGGAUCUUCACUUUUGCUUUGCUUUGAUCAGAAGGAAUUGAUUUCUGAGGAGACGAAACCUUUGUUGGAUGGUGAACACCAGAAGGCGAUAUAUUAUUCGUUUUCAGCGAGCGAUGAAGACAGUACAACUUCCGGAAUAAGUAAUGAAACGUCGGCUAUGAAAUUUUCUGCAGAAGCAUGCCCAGUACUAAUUACGAAAGACAAUGUCUACUUAGCUGAAUCAGAAUCUCCAGAAAAUUCCAUUGAAAACCAUAGUCCUCUUUCUUCAGAAACACCGCCGAUGUUGAUGGCAAAAAUCUAAGCU